CAGAAUGGGGCCUGGAUUUGCAUGUGAGGGUAAUAUUAGCUCUGGAAUACAGCAGUGGCGUGCAAUCACACAGACUGAGCUGUAUAUGAAGGUAGCUGAGCACUUGAUCGUGGUCGUCGGCUGCUCGUAGUCAGCUCACCAGCGAGCGAGAGGGAAGGGCGAGACACUUCGUUCAUUCCUCGUCGUCAUGCUGGGUUGAGAUAGAAAGGAUAGGUAUCCAUACAUAGAUAGCAGUGAGAAAAGAAGGAUUGGUGUGCGGGGAAGAUGAGCUAGGAAAGGUUGCUGUGUGCAUGCUACCAGAAAAUGGGUGUUUUCACGUAUGGUAUGUUGUUCCAAGUGAUUUCCUUCACUCACUCUAUUGACUGUUAUCUUGUUUGAAUGCUCAUUGGUCUGGAAUUUACUGUCUAUCAGUGAGCUAAGUGUUCACCAGUGAGAAAAUCAGAAGCCACAGACAUGGUCUCCGUGACUGAGACAGAGGUUCGGUUCACACCAAGCAGUCGAGGAACAGAAGAGGGUGCUGUAGAGGUGACUGUCAAAGGAUCUAGCAACAUGCCAAGCACUAGGAGACAAAGCUCUGAGAGCAGCAGAAGGUCCCUGAGUGGACGCUGCUGCCCAAAGCUCUUUGAGCGUGCCUCGGGGAGCUGGUGGGAUCCCAAGUUCAACCUUCCCAUUAUUGAGGAACAGUUUCAAAGGCAGUCGUUCCCUCAGCUCAAGAAGCGGUUCCGCUAUGCAGUAGGGUAUGCUCUUCUAGCUUGUAUAACAUGGAUGAUUUAUAUACCUAUCAAUAUGAGCAACAUGGAGCAGACGUGUGACUGGAUUAUUUUUGAAAUAGCACUUGGGUGUAUGGUCGGGGUUUGUAUAGCUCUUAUAGCCUUCACAACUUGUAGGUAUUAUAGGGACUAUGUAAUGCACACUUCGCUUGUCUUUAUAGUAGUCGUAUGUGGACUUACUCUAGCUUCAUUUGCGUCUUUCACCAACGAUUGCGAAUGCGAUAAUAGAGUGAUUAGUACUGUUGCGACGUUUGCGGUAUGCGUUGAGAUGAUCUUGAUGACAUAUACCGUGAUACCGUUACCAUUUCUAUACUCAGUGUUUACUAUGAUGUUGUUUUCAUUCGUGUAUGAGGUCUUAUUCUUCACCACAGCACUACAGCCGGAUGAAGUGAAUGCAACGCAUGUGUUCACCAAGCUGUUCCUUCACUUGUGUAUCCACAUGAUGGGCAUGCAUAUUUUCUUUAUGUCUCAAGUGCGUAACCGUAGUACAUUCUUGAAGGUUGUAGAAACUGUUGUUGCCCAGAACCUGCACAAACGGGAGAAGCAGAUCAAGGAGGCUACCAUCCAAUCUCUUAUGCCUGACAUUAUUGCCAAAGAGCUACUGAAGGGUCGAGAGUCUAACCCCGAAGUCAAGCCUCACAAGGGUCGUAAGCAGUCUUCCGAACCCAUCUUCCGACCCUUCUACAUGAAUCGCAUGGAGAAUGUUAGCAUCCUGUAUGCCGACAUCGCUGGGUUUACCAAGAUGAGCGCAAACAAGAGUGCCGAGGUUCUUGUUGGUCUUCUCAACAAUCUAUUCGGCCGCUUUGAUCACCUCUGCAGGAGGCACAACUGUGAGAAGAUCUGUACCUUGGGUGACUGCUACUACUGUGUGUCUGGAUGUCCUGUGUAUAGGGAGGACCACGCCCAAUGCUGUGUUGAAAUGGGUCUGAGCAUGAUCGAAGCUAUUAAGGAUUUCUGCCAAGAGACGGGAGAGAAGGUCAACAUGCGUGUAGGGAUUCAUACUGGCACUGUGCUCUGUGGCAUUGUGGGUAAUCGUCGCUUCAAGUUUGAUGUGUGGUCCAAUGAUGUAACCAUUGCUAACAAGAUGGAAGCAUCUGGCCAGCCAGGGAAGGUUCAUGUAUCUGCAGAGUCUGUCAAGUUUCUUGGAGAGAGAUAUGUCUUGGAUGAAGGCAAUGCAGACAAACAUGCUCUUCUCAUUGGUAAGUUCAAACUUAACAUUUCUCUCUCCUCUACAACAACUUCAUUAAUAUUUUCCCAUUGCUUCCUUAGAUUGGUUUCCAGUUUGCUGCAUAGAAGCAUCAUAUUUUAUGUAUCAGCUCAGAUACAUUGUAUCAUGUACAGUAAUAUGCAUUUUAAAUACAGCCUUUGUCUGGUGUUGUCCAUGCUUCUGUGGACAUUGUCAGGGCACUGA